CACAUUUUCUCCUCAGUCAUCUUUGUGGCAGCCAUAACGUCGGUAACGUGUGUUUUUCUGUCUUCGUCAAUCUGGCACCCAACGCGAGUCCAUUUAACGGUAUUUUCCAUUCAAGUUCUUUUUUUGUUUUGUUGUUUUUUUAAUCGAAUCGAAGAAGGAAAGAUUUGUAUCUUUGUUGUUGAUUCUUUUUUAAACUGUUUUUGAAUGGAAAACUAUUAUUAUCAUAGUUUUGUGACUUCAGGAAAAUACCUCUUCCCCCUCUCAAAUAUCAAUUGAAACUUACAGAGGGGCGGGCAAUGGCAUAUGUGAAAAGUCGUGGUAGUAAUCAAAUUUAUCUUCGGGUGUUUGUUUAUGGUUAAAAUAUACACAAACCAGGCAAUAUUCGGUCGCUCCCAUUCUCCAAGGUAUUUCUUUUUAUUUUCUUAUCCGUCGUUUUGUUUUUUUUUUGUUUUUUAAGAAACCAGGAAAAUAUCGGGCAUAAAACUCCCUGUGUGUUGAAUUAUUUUUAGAAUUCCGUUUCUUCUAUAGAUUGCUGCCAUCAUCGUUUUCUUCAGUCGGUACGGUCGAUCCAAAAUACCAAAAAACCGUCAGUGUCGUGCCGCUGUCGUUUGGAUUCGGCUUCAGCAUUCAGAAUUCGUAUAAACGGUGCGUUUUUAGUUGGAUACCUAUUUUUGGAAAGUUUUCGAACAAAUUUCUCACCUGCAAGACGACGAAAACGACGACGACAACAACAGUAACGUCAACACGAUAUAUUUUUAUUCAAUCAACCUGCGUCACCCCUAUCCCCCUGCCUCCUUCAUAUUUCUGGGGUGAAUGAGUGUAGUUUCUUGAUAUAAGAAAGUGUAACGUUGGUGUAAAUUGUUUUCUUAUUGUGUUCUGUGCCUCGCGCGACUCGGCGGCGCUUCCUGUUCCUCAUUCAACUGUCGUACCAGGCGUGUUAAAAUGUCAAAUUGUCGACACAAAACAAAAUCAAUAUAAAAAUAAAACGGAAAUUCCUUCCUCCCAUGAAUUAUAAUCCACUUAACUUUAAUUCUCAUCCGAAAGAAUGAAUAAAAUUGAAUAUGAACGAUAAUAAAAAAGCGUUUUAUCCAAUCUUCAUAUUUGUAGAACGUAGUGAAUAAGAAAAAAUUAUAAAAACAAAACAACAAGUCCUUAAAGAUACAAAGGAUCAGCUGCAGUCCUCGGAUCACCACAAUUUGAAGAUGGUACUGAAACCUGACCUAGACUAAAAACCGCUCCACUUCAUAAAAUUCAAUUCAACAAUUCAAUGCUCCAUGGAUAUAUGUAACGAAAAACAAACCAUAGCUGGACAAAAAAAAAUUAAAUUGAUAAAUAAAUAAAAGAAAAAAAAUUCCAAACAAAAAUAUAUAUAAUCAAGAACAAUGGAUUGUCUAUAAAUAAUAAUAUCAUGUCAAAUGCAAUCAACUAUUCCCCCAUCACCCUCACCAAAGACUACGACGACGCCGUCACAGUGACAAUGAUAAUAACGAUAAUGAAACAAUUUGAAUAUUCAAACCAAAUUCUACGCAGGCUUCAAUUAUUAACAAACAAAUUCGGUUGAAACUACAUAAAUGUCAUACAUACUGUACAUAUGUACUAUAUGUAUAUAACACAAAUUAUACAGUCCUAAAAUUUGACAUACAUCUACAAAAACACAACCCACAAACAUAAAUUACAACUCAUGUAGCUUCGAUGUAGCUUCGUGACACACUUCGAGGACUUCGGGGAUCAAUUACCAAAAGAAUACACCAUCAAGACUGAUUUUUCUUCUCUUCUCUUCAUUUACAUAGCGUACAUAUAGUUCAUGUACUCGUACGGUACAUUCAAUCAACUUCAUUUUGUAUCCGAAGAAACCAUUUCAACAAUAUACUUAUACGUUACUUACUUACAUAUAUUAUACCUUUCAUUCUCCUGGGAUAUUUACAUAUAGUUCCAGAAUAUAAUUUCCCUAUAUGCAACAUAUGUAUAAAAUAGUACACCGACCGAAGAGUACAUAAUAUUUACAGUUCACAGCAGGCUACCACCAACAAAACAAAACUAAACAACAAAAACAUACAACAAAACAACAUUGGUGAAAAUGUUGGUUUUUGUGGCAAUUUUCAUUAUCCAUGCUUGUAUAGCAGGCACGAUACCAGCUACCCCAGAGAACAUCACAGUGGCAUUUCUGACUCCAACCACUGUACGUGUAUCCUGGCAAACAAAUCUGCAUUCAGAAUUCGUUGACAAGUAUAUUGUUACGUAUAAACCAACGGAUGAUAGGGUUGUCCAGGAUGUCGCAGGUAAUAGUGAGGCUAUAAUUUUAGAUCGUUUAUCGCCUAGCACGCAGUAUUCCAUAGCAGUAACGGCUAUAAGGCUUGGAAAAAAAUAUCGCAGUAGACAAAUUAUAUUUAGAACUCUAGAUUCGCCUAAGACUUCCCAUCAACAGGACUUUAACGGAGCUAUGCCACCUAACAAAGCCCUCAAUCCGGCCAUUUACAUGGAUGACAUUAUUUCAACUUCGGCGAGCAAUUUCUCGAACUCCACACAACAGCGAGAGCUUCCACCAAUUCGCGGCGUAGAAAUCGGCAUCGUUCUUAUCGUCCUGAUGGUUUGGGCGGGAGCUAUAGCACUGUUCUUUAAUCGUUGGGGUAAAAUCAGGAUGUUGCUUCCCUAUCAGCCAGACUACAAGCACGAACAGCUGAAAGUACCCGGCACAGGAGUGUGUACAGGAGGCGUGUGCACAGGACAGCAUUCGCAUCAGAAUAUACACUCUGACAUGCUCAUACAGUUUGAUGGCGCCGAUUGUGGAGCUUUAACAUAUCAACCACUUCAUUUGAACAGCCGUCACUUCCAUCUGCUUCAAGAGGAACCAUCUACAAGCAUUGCGGAAAGAUGCACUCGGAGUAGAAUUAAUUCAGCAAUAUUUGUCUCAUCCGAGGGCCGUGGAUUCGAUUCAAUCGAAUUCCUUCGAAGACACGGUUCCCAGAGUGUACUUUGCAGGAAGGCACGUAGUGCCGAGAACAUUACCGACAACGAACGAAAGAAGAGUUUCUCUGAGAAUAGACACUGGCGUACCGACGAUGGAGAAAUACAAUCAUCUGCAGGAGGAGGAGCAGACGGAAAAAAGGAAGGCGAAUCAAUAGAACUUAACGAUGUUGGACCUGCUAUCGUCGUCGCUGCUGCUAGAAAUAACUGCAGUACUGAGGGAAAUCAUCAGGAAAUCACCAAUCAGUGUACUGCUGCUGUGACGUGCCAUUCGGCGACAGCAGUUACCACAGCUAACGUCAUUGUGGGUAGUAUUUCCAUCGAAACACCACCAUCUCAUCUCAAAGAUGACAUUACCGUCAUGAAGCAACAAUCGCAGGACGACACACCCAUCACAAUCACCAACAGCGCUGAAUGCGGAGAAGAUUACAAACAAUCGGUUACAACAACGUCAACGGUGACAGCAACGACACCACGUCCACGGAAACUCGUCCAUCAACGUUCUUCGAACGCGUCCGCCGGAAAUUAUAGCCAAUCAUCGCCGGGUGGUUCACCACAUCAAAGUACCAAAAAUUUAAGUUUAAAAAAUGUCAAACAGCGAAUUAUAGCUUUGCCAAUGGUUUCGGUUUCGGGACCAUCGCCACCGCAUGACAAGGACUAUUUGUAACAUUUACCAUCAGAGACGUUCAUCUAAAAUACAAUGCUUUAAAAAUAUCAUCUCGUAUAUCUUCAUACAAACCUACAUAUAAUUAUAAAUAUCAUCAUUUAAAAAACAUAAUAAUCAAUGUCUAAGGGUUGCGUAUUUUUGUAUGUGGGGAAAAUUGUUUGAAUUUUGUUUUUUGAGAGUUUUUCUUUCAAUAAUAUGAAUGUCUCUGAGCUACAUAAUAAUAAUUAUACAAGGUGAAGUCGUAGAUUUUGUAAAUGCAGCCCGUACAUGAGCAACCCAAGCUAAUGGUUUAAGGUUGCCAAAGAGUUUUAAGUAAGCAGCAAUACAUAAUUAGAUUUUUUUAUUUUUGAGCACGAAAAAGCAUUAGAAAUAUCUCGAAAAUGACUUUGACAGGCUUAUGACCAUUUCUGGGUUGACAUGUUGAUUGACGUAUAGAAAUUAGAAAAGCGAUUUAUAUUAUAAGGACAAACAACUUAUUAUAAGUCAAUUAUUUUGUAUAACUUGUAUAAAAAUAUAAGAAAGUAAAAAUAUAUAAAAUUUAGAAGAAAUUAUGAGUUUAGAAAAUAUAAGCAACUGAGUUCAAGAACAAUUUUGAAAAAGGAUACAUUUUUGUAUUUAAGCAUAGUUAAGCGAUUUUUAAUAUGUUUUCUUUAUCACUCGUUGAGUUUUCCUUUGAUAAUGCAAAUCAAUUUAUUUUUGAUUUAGUUCUAUUAAAACGUCGUUUUUCCAUUUUUUUGUUUUCCAUUGGGCAUUAUAAAUUGAUCAGAUAGAUUAUAUCGUCAUCGGAAUUUCUUAUAUAUAAGAAUGUCGGCUGUACCACAGAAUCUGAAACUACUUAAGCUGCGAUGUGGCAUUGGCAUUAAAAAAAUUAGAAAAAAGAUCAAUUUUUGAAAAAAUAGAAAUGUCAUACUUAUUUCUAGCAACUUAGUUUAGCUUUUUUUUUUUUGGGUUUUAACUGAAAUUUAUUUUUGGAGUAGAUGUGGAUAGCAAAAACAGGGUUAAAGACUUUUAUAACACUACAUUACCUACACGGAGACAAAUCGGGUAUUUUGAGCCUGGCCUGUUAUUAAUGUCAGCUAUCAUUAGUGUUCAUCAUUUAACAUUUUGUUUUUUGAUUAAAAAGCUAUUGCCAAAAAAUCAAUAUUUAUUUUGUUUGAUAUAAAAAUCAAGUUAUUUAAAUAGUAAACUACUUAAUUUUACCCAGAACUUUUAUUUAUGUCCAAUUUAAUUGUUUUCAAUGAUCAUGGUAUUUUCAAUAAAUAGCUAAAUAUAACCGUUCCAAUUCAGUCAUUUCAUAUUCCUUUUAUACCCACCUGUCACUUUAACCUUAAUUGAUAUAUUUCAAUCGGGAAAUUUGUUUCAAUGGUCGCAUUCACAAAGCUAGUGGCUAUGUAGUCAAGGGAUUCUGAUUGGCUAAAUCUAACUAUAAAAGUAGUUGCAAUUUCCCCUCCGACGUAGUGUACAAAAUUCGGCUACAAAGUUAGUGGAGAAUGAUUUUGACGUUUCACAAUCAACUGCUCGGUAAAAACACACCAAUUCAAAAUAUAAUAAAUCGUUCAGUAUUUAAAUACAAAUCAUUCCAAUUGUGUCUUAAAUUUGAUUUUAUUGAAUUUAAAAACACAAAAGAUAAGUUAAAGUUAUCAAAUCAAACAUGUUUCUUAUUUUAUAUAUUUGCAUUUGUCAAUAAUAUGACAGAUCCAGAUUGACUAGCUUCGUAGUGUAGUUUUGCAUUCACAAAGCUAGUUGAAUUUUGACUACGUAGCCACUGGCUUUGUGAAUGCGCCCAAUGACAGAUAUUUUCAAUAACCGCUAUAACCGACCUGUCAAAAAAAUUCCUAUUAUUGGUUCAAUAAUGAAGAAAAAUGAAAGUUAUAACUGGCCCUUAAAUAAAUCAAAUUGAAAUUGGCUUCAAACAAAUUUUAAUAAACAAUAGAUUUAUGAAUUUCAAACAAGUGUCAGGUUAAUAUUGUAAGUUUUUAUUAUGGAAACACAUCAUUAAAUUUUAUUUUACAGAUCGGUCUCAGAGAUCAUUGAAAAUGUCUACCAUUGAAAAAGUUUUUCUGCUUGAAAUCUAUCUACUUAUUUCUUCUGACAGAAGUCUUACAUUAAAGUUGUAUGUAAUUGAAACACAAAUUAGUUUUCUAGGAAGACAAGAAAGCUAGAUUUAUACCUCUACUUUGCCGACACUUUAUUUUAUUCAACAGGGAAAGUAGUUAAUUUUUUUUCAAAUCCAUUCUUUUCCUUCAAAUGUUUCUACUUUUGUUUUAAAAAAGGAGGCGUUCUUUUCUAAAAAUUGGUUUCAAAAUCCUUUUGCAAAAAAUAGAUUUAUGAAUUUCAAACACGUGUCAGGUUAAUAUUGUAAGUUUUUAUUAUUGAAACACAUCAUUAAAUUUUAUUUCACAGAUCGAUCUCAGAGAUUAUUGAAAAUGUCUAACUGAUUGAAAUCUAUCGGACUUAUUUCUUCUGACAGAAGUCUUUCAUUAAAGUUGUAUAAAAUUUAAACACAAAUCAGUUUGCUAGGAAGACAAGAAAGCUAGACUUAUGACACUACUUUGCCGACACGUCAACUGAAACUGAUUGAAAUCUAUCGGACGUAUUUCUUCUGACAGAAAUCUUUCAUUAACGUUGAUUGAAAUUGAUACACAAAUCAGUUUACUAGGAAGACAAGAAAGCUAGACCUAUGGCACUACUUUGCCGACACUUCAGCUGAAACUGGAAUUGAUUGAAAUCUAUCGGACGUAUUUCUUCUGACAGAAGUCUUUCAUUAAAGUUGUAUGAAAUUGAUACACAAAUCAGUUUUCUACUAAGACAAGAAAGUUAGAGUAAGAACACGUCUUUACCGACACAUUAUUUUAUUGAAAAGGAAAUUAGUUGAAUUCUUUUAUAUCCAUUCUUUUCCUACAAUUUCAUCUACUUUUCUUUUAAAAAAUGAGACAUUCUUCUCUAAAAAUUGGUUUCAAGAUCCUUUUGCAAAAUUGUUCCUUUCUCAGAUCAACACAAUUUUUCCUGGAAUGCAUUUUUUUUUUCAAAAACUAAAGCAACAUGUAAAUAUUAACACAGUUUAAGCUCAAUGUAAAUGUACCAAUCUUUUUUUUAAAUUUUCGAUACAUAUUAUUUGAAAGUUUUGUAAAACAAAAGAAAAAUCACUUAAAAAUAAUUUCUAAAACAAAAUAUCUAAAUUUAAAAAAAAAAUCUCUUAAUUUUUUAAUUUAAGUGUAUAACUAUAAUUAUUGAUAUGCGACUGAAAAUAAGUUAAUUCAUAUUAAAACAAAUUAUGUAAGUCUAUUAUACUAAUAUAAUUAAUAAUUAUGAAUAAAAACAGCUUUAAGAAAAUAUCAUAUAUUAUUUCGAUUUCUAUCUAUUAUAAGAAAACUUGCCAAUAUUUUACAACAUCAACAACAAAAACGUCUAUGUAAAGCACUUAAAAUAUAUUAAUUUUUUUAAUUUGUUUUUAAAUAUUUGCUGUAUAAAAUUAUAUAUCAAUGAUAGAAUUAUGUAUAUCUUUAAUUACAAAAAAUGGAAUAUGUAUGUAUAAAUAAAAUCAAAUGCAAUGGAAUAUAAAACUUUAAUCCAACAUCAGUUUAGCAAUUAAAAAAUAUUCCUCUUUCUUAAAACUUAUAACGUACCUUAAACCUACUAAACUUCUAAAAUCUUCUUCUCUUUUCCAAUUCUAUAGUCUAUAAAUUAUACUCGAUCCUAAACGACAUAACUUUCGUAUAAGAAUAUAUUGUAAUAAAUAAGAAUAUCUUAAUAUCUCCUUAUCGUAUAUAAACCUUCACAAAUAACUCGCAGCUUAUUUCUUAAUGUUUAAGUUCACAAGCCAGCCAAAGCAUAAGAAUAAUGGUUAAUUGCUAAUGUUAAUAAAACUGAGUACAUUACUUUAGUUUUUUUUUGUUUACAUCUUGUUAACAAAGUAAUUAUUCUACUUAACCUCAAUUAGAUUGGUAUUCCUCGUUUAUUCUUAUUCCAAAAAUACAAUGAAGUCCAUUUCCUCGAUGGGUUAUUCUGAUUUCAAAUAAAUACAAAAAGAAAACAAAAAAUAUGCUAUACUGAUGUGCCUUACCUUUGUAACAUUAUUGUUUUAAUUAUUUAAACUAUUUCUUUUGUUAAUUUUUCUUAA